AUGACAGCAAAGACUACUAAGAAGAUAUCAUCUGGCCUCCCGCACGCUCAAAGCGAAACGCAGGAGACGACAAAGCAUUGGCUCACACGGCACAUCCUGAGACCGUCGUCGCGUCAAAGGAAGGAGAGCAACGAGAAGGUCGAGAUGAGCAGGCAGAUGUCCCUAAAGCGACCGCAAACUGCCUCCUCAACAGACAGUGUGAUACUACCGAUACCACCCCCGAUACCUCUCGAGCAGGCACACAGGCCUCCGCCCCGCCCGCCACGACCAGACUCUGGCGUCGUUCGAGAGGUGAAUGCAUGGUUGGACGCAAGCAUGAACAGACCCUCACCGCCAUUGAUGGCGGGUCUAUCUUACUGGAGGGAGGGGCCAUACACCGACGCUACCGAGACCACUGGCGUCCAGUACGCCAUUCCAAUAGGGCACCAGGGCAUAGAGAGACCGUCCACAUCCCACAGUCAGCACCUCAAGUCGUUCUGCCGCCGUGCAAAGAAGAUGCAGGUUCGAAUGCCAUCGCUCCGGCGAACAUCGUCGCAGCGUGCUGCCGUUCAGAAGAAGCUGAAUAGGCGGUCUAUGUCGACACCACUCUUAGCUGUACCGUAUGAAGAAACACGGGCGGGAUCUCCACCAGCCUUCCUCACCAGAAUGGGGUCUGUUUCCCGCGCCACAACACGACCUGCAACGGCAGCCGCUUCUACCCAAACUUCGCCUACCGGCGGAUGGCUUGGGCUUGGCCAAGGGUCCCAGUUGAGUCUACCUCUGCGCAGAGGAAGCCCAGCAAGCGCGAGGUUCGGUGAGCCGGAAUGCAACUUGGAGCGACGCAUCAACGCUGUAUUCGGCCAGGCCGCCAGGGCCGGCACCAAUUUACGGCCAGCAACAGCAGCUGCCCACAUCCCACGGGAGGACUCCAUGGGUAGUCUUUCGGACGCCCCGACCUACUUCUCAGGGCCCCCUCCACCAUCCUAUCGGUCGCGUCCCGCCUCUAUCCACUCGACAUCAUCUUUCGGUUGCAUCGAUGGUAUGAAUCCGGAGCAGAGACAGAUUAGCCAACAAAAGGCGGCACAGCGUCGGGGCAUGAAGGGAAAGCUCAGAAGAUUGGCGCAGAAGGCCUAUCUCGCGAAAUAA